UGUGUCAGUCAGAAUAUUUUGGUGACCGGUUAUUUUUGUCUUUGUUGAUAAAUACAAAGAUGUCUAUCUCAAGACCAGAUGAGGUAUAUCACUUUCCGGACAAUCUGCCUAUUGAAGUGAGCUACAAAAAUACGCAAACUUAUUCAAAAUGUAGUACAUAUGAUCCUAAAGUGAUGGCUGUAGGCUUUGUUUGGCAUCAAAUUAUUGUACAUCACAACGGGAAACGACAGGGACGCGAUGGCAUUCAAGAAAUAUUGGAUGCAAUUUUUGAUGUUGUGGAAGGGGAAGAACUGUUUCCUGUUGCAUACCGGCGCGGCUCCAAAGAAGAUCGCUUCCUUGUGCGGCAGUGUAAAGCCGCGAUUAACAAACUCUUUGAACAUAAUCUUCGCAUUCAGCUUUCAGAUGCAUCGUUCGUGCAGCUGCAAGUGCAAUUCAAUGUUGGUGAUUUUAAAUUUGGCCAAAUUUCACCUCAUGCGAAGCUAACAGAGGUAAUCAAUCGCCUUUACACGUGCAUGGAACAUUUUAAUGGCGUAAGUGGAAUACUAAAUUUGUGCCGUUUCAAUGCUCAGCCCGAAUUUUUUGACUUGAUUAUAAAUCUGGGCAAUCGUGCAGUACUAGAGAUCAUUUGUAAUUUAAUUCAUCGCAAUGAGAAAAUUAGAUUAGUGAAUGGACUAAAUUUGAGAGAUAAUUGUAUUACCACCCUUGCGCCACUAACGGUGUUUGCCAGCGUUGAUUUUGAAGUUUUGGAUUUAAGAGGCAAUGAGAUCAUUUCGACAUCCCGCUUGUGUCGUGAUUUAAAUGACGUAAAGGCAAAAGAGUUAUUGUUAGCUGGUAACCCGGUAACGAAUGCCAGCAACUAUCCCGAGUGUCUUCGACCGAUACUAAAAAAUUUUAAAUUAAUUGAUGGAAUACCUUCUCAGAAUUUAUCGAAAGACUAUACACCAAUGGAUUGCGAAGUAGAUGUAAAUAGCGAUGGAUGCCGUGUUGACCUUAGGAAUAAAGAAGAUAUGCUUCAGUUCCAACACAGUAGCGAGUGGCAUGCUAUAAUGAUACCUGAUUUAGGACAAAAAUUUACAAAAGAAGAAAUUUUCGACUUUUUCUUUGUUACUAUAUCGCCAACGCUAACAGAUAUAUACCCUUGCUAUUAUAAGUUUGCCGCCGGUGAGCAUCAAUUUUUAGUGCGUCAGUGCUUCGACCAACUGAAAUAUUUAGUUGAUAUUUGUAAAAUGGAGAUAAAAGUUCCACGGCUAUUCAAUGGUUUUGAUAACCAUUCGGCUCUUUCACACGUAAAUAUUGAUAAAGUUUUGAAAUACUAUAUGAUUAUGAAUAUAAGGCCCUAUAAACGCGGACAAAUAGAUCCUACGGAUUGCAUUGAUAAAGCCCUAUCUCGUCGAUAUAAUGGUAUAAAUAGGUUGUUGAAUUUGGACAACUUUCAGAACAUUGAAGGCUUGGAAAAUAUCAUCAUUAAUUUAAGCUCACAAAAAAUACUUAGCCGAGUCCUAAUGCAGGCAUCACGGAAAUGUCUUACCAGCUGUGUGGAAAUCCGUUUAACGCACAAUAAAAUUACUAAUGCCAAUGUAUCGAAAGUGUUGGGCUUAAUGAGUAAUUUAAAAGCAAUAGAUUUAGGCAAUAAUUGGAUACUGGAUUUGGAUGAUGUAAAAGAACUAUCUGCUCUCGGCUUGAAGACAUUGCGUCUAGAUGGUAAUCCUUUGUGCACAAAAUACUCAUUCGUUGGGGAGUAUGUAAAAGCUGUUCGAAGGCAUUUUCCAGAGCUGACAAAAUUGGAUAAUACUGACAUCAAAAAGGAAGGAUAUUUGAGUUGUCAAAAAAAUUUCUUGUGCGACGUAAGAGGUUACGAUUUCGUUAAUGAAUUUAUACCUCGUUACUUUAAGGCAUUCGACUCAAAUGAACGUCAAGUUUUAAAAGAACUAUAUCACCAGAAUGCAAUUUUUACUCUUUCUUUUAAUUUCCGCAUUGCCCAAAUGACCCCGCAGAAUGUUAAACGCAUAACCAAGUAUCGUGAAAGUAGUAGAAAUAUACUAAAAAUUGCGGAUCUUUCACGAGCCCACACCAGCAUACAUCUGGGCUCUGACCAAGUUAUGCAAAUUUUCUUGCAACUACCCAGCAUGCGGCACGAUUUGUUGACUUUCUCUACAGAUACAAUGAUUUGCAAUGAACAAAUCAUAGUGUUAACAGUCAGUGGUGUAUUUUACGAUCAAGCACCAAGCAUGGUGGAUAAUGAGAUAUUGAUGGCAUUUUCACGCACUUUUGUGUUAGUACCAGUCGAAAAACAUCUAGGAAUUCUUAACAGAGCUAUAAAAUAUGAAAUUGUUAAUGAACAAUUAAGUAUAUAUAACCCAACUGCUCAGCAGACUAAAAGGGCGUUCAAAUAUUUUAAAACAGAACAUCAAGAUAAUGACGCUGAAGUAACAGUAGCAGAUAAAAAAGCUCUCAUUAUAAUGCUUCAAGAAGUAACAAACCUAAAAUCAGUAUGGUCUACGCGUUUCUUAGAAGAUGCCAAAUGGGAUUUUAAAAAAUCACUCCUACUUUUUUUGAGUUUUUGUGAAAGAAAGCAGAUACCAGACACGGCUUUUAAUUAGUGUGAAGAUAUCUUCAUCGCUUUAAUUUAGAUCAUGAAAAUUGUUUAUUAUAAACUCUUAAGCAAUAAAAAUGUAUGCUAAAUUGUA